ACCUUUGUCCUAGAAUGAUGCAGCCUGGGAAACCUUGCUGUCGUAGAGGCGUCAAGAUUCGACACAGGGAGAAGUGUCAUGAUUAAACAAAUUAUUUUGACUUAGAAAGCUCUAGGGACUUAUUAACGCUUUUACAAAGAUCUAGCAAGUCCUGCAGUAGCGAGCCAUGGAUAUGUGGAUCGGAGAUGUUUGGGGAAUCACGCUGCUAUCCCUGGCGAUGUUAGUAGGUUGUUACGUGGCAGGCUCCAUACCACUUGCCAUAUCGUUGUCUGAGCAAAGACUAAAGCUUGUGACUGUGAUGGGAGCUGGGCUCCUGGUGGGUACUGCAUUAGCUGUCAUCAUUCCAGAGGGUGUCCAUUCACUCUACUCUGCCCAGACUGAGAAACACCAUGCUAAGAUGAUGAAAAGUGUGGGACCACGUGCAGUUAAGGUUGUAAACACAUCAAAGGACUUCCACUUCCACAUGCACGAGCACCAUGAUGAGCAUGAGGAGCUUCACCAGUACAUCGGGGUGUCCCUCGUGCUGGGCUUUGUCUUCAUGUUGCUAGUAGAUCAGCUUGGAGGAGCACAUGGGCACUCCCAUACAACUGAUGUAGAGGGCAGUACACCUACAAAGCAGAAUAGAAACAAAAUAACUGCCACAUUAGGCCUUGUUGUCCAUGCUGCAGCUGAUGGUGUAGCAUUGGGUGCAGCAGCCUCUACAGCCAGGGCUGAUGUAGAGUUGAUAGUUUUUAUUGCAAUCAUGUUGCACAAGGCUCCUGCAGCUUUUGGGCUGGUGUCCUUCCUCAUGCAUGAGGGUUUUGACAGGAACAGAAUAAGAAAACACCUGUUAAUCUUCUCCUUAGCUGCUCCACUGUUGACUAUCAUCACAUACUUUGGACUUAGCCAGAGUGGCAAAGAGGCUCUGUCAUCAGUGAAUGCAACAGGAAUCACCAUGUUGUUUUCAGCGGGCACAUUUCUGUAUGUGGCCACAGUACAUGUCUUGCCUGAGAUACAGAGCAUGGGGACACAGGGUGGUGGGGAGGGGGGUAGUGAUGGAGGGCACCAUCAUGGCUUCAGUAAACUGGAACUUGUUGCAUUUGUUACAGGUGCUUUGUUCCCUCUCCUCCUCUCCAUUGGUCACAAGCACUAAUGGUACAUUACAUAGUGGGCUGCUGCAUAAGAUUCCAGAGUGUACUGUAAAACAUGAUUCCCAAAAUAAA